AUGGGCCUUUGCAAAUGUCCACAACGCAAAGUGUCUACUUUAUUCUGUUUUAAACAUCAUGUGAAUGUUUGUGAAUCAUGUCUUAUUAAUGAACAUUCUCAAUGUAUUGUACGUUCAUAUGUAUCUUGGUUGCAAGAUAAUGAUUAUAAUCCAAAUUGUGCCUUAUGUCAACGAUCAUUAACUGAAACUGGUGAAGAAACUAUACGUCUUAUUUGUUAUGAUUUAUUUCAUUGGUCAUGUCUUAAUGAAUAUUUUCAUUCAUUUCCAAAUCAUACAGCACCUGAUGGAUAUACAUGCCCAACAUGUCAUACAUGUGUUUUUCCACCAUCAAAUCUUGUUUCACCUGUUGCUGAUCAUGUACGAACUAAAUUAUCGACAGUUAAUUGGGCAAAUAGAUUACCAAUAUUAUCAGUAAAUGAUUCAAAAUUAAAUCAAGAUAAACAACCAUUAUUAACUGAAACUGACAAUAAUGGUUAUGUUAUUGUUAAUCCAAAAAUUAGUGGAACUAGUGGUGGACAUAUAGGAACUACCAGUGGAUUAUCACAUCAUCCACAUCGUUCUAUUGAUAUGCCACAAGGAACAACAAUAUUAACAACACGACCACCACAAAUGGAUUCCGAUGAAGAAGAUAAAUAUAAACGUCGUAGUAUUUUUACAUGGUUUGCUCGAUGGUUACGUUCUCGACAACCAACUAAUCGAAAAGUUUUAUAUCAUUUAACACGUGGUGAUAAUAAUGAACAUUUAGAUCGUAUUAAUGAUCCACAAUUUAAUCCAUUAAAUAAUCCAUUUAUUCGUGUUGGUAAUCGAUUAUUAAAAAAUCCUUUAAAAGAUUCAAAUUCACUUAUCAAUAAGGAUCAAUGA